AAUUGAGUUGACUUUUUGCUUUUUUAAAAGUGUGUUUGUGUCAAAAUAUAUUUUAUUUUAAAAAAAAUCGUGUUCUUUAUGCAUUUAUUUACUUGAAACUACACUCUCACCAUAUCAGACGACUUUGAGUGUAUUUGUUUUGUUUCAGACAUAGAGUUGAAACAGAUUGACAUAUAUUACUGUUAGGAUGAUGUUAGCGCAGAGUCUUGUGAGCCGAGGGGCUCAGCAUGAUUCACUGCUGCUGAUUGCUGACAGUUUAUGUCAUGGUUUUCCCAGAGUUCAGCUGCCUACGUUUUUUCCAUUUCAUUGACCCGCUGUAACAACAUCUGGAGUCUGUAAAAACCAUUCUUCCCUUUUGUUUGUUUAAGUUAAACUUUUCCCACAUCACUUUUAACACUUCUUGGAUGAAGUUUCGAGAACAAAACUGUAAAAGCUGACCUCAUGUAAUCUGGACAGAAAACUGACUGAGAGUAGAGAAACAUCUUUUAGGAAAUUGUAGGAAAUUCUUAAUUUUUAAUUAUUGAAAUACAAGAUAGUCCAAGGAUUCAGAGGCAAUCUCCUCUGUUGGCUAUAGCUUAGAUGUUUGCCAAAAAAUCUGCUGAGUGGGGUAUAAAAGAGUUGUCGUGGGCAGAGCUGGAUAGGAGGGUCGGGCAGUAGGAGCUGAAGGGGAAGAAGACGGGGGUGAAUGUUCACAAGUCUGCCACAGAAAGGGGUGGGUUGAAGGAGAGAUUUAGUGUUGGGACAGGCACAUGGUAGUUGGGGGUAGACGGAAAGAGAAAGGGAAAGACGGAGCUGUGGAUCUGAGUUCCAACUGGAAGCUGUGUUCAGACAGGGAGAGAGAGCAGGAAUGUGGCUCAGCGUGGGAAUGAAGAUGCUCUGACAUGCUGAGAGACACUCUUAAGAUUUGAUGGAUAUAUGAACCACUCUGGCUGUAUGAUGAAAACAUCCCAAAUUGAGGCGAAAGAGGCGUGUGAUUGGCUGCGGGCAGCAGGAUUUCCCCAGUAUGCUCAGCUCUUUGAAGAUUCGCAGUUUCCCAUUGACAUUACUCCUGUGAAAAGAGAUCAUGAUUUUUUGGACAAAGAUCUUGUGGAACCUCUGUGCAGGCGACUCCACACUUUAAAUAAGUGUGCCUCUAUGAAACUUGAUGUGAAUCUUCCAAAGAAGAAAAGUGAAGACUCUGAUGAAGACGAUCUGUUUGCUAUUAGUGACAAAUGGACCUUUGAGUGGAGCAGCCGGCGUUGGUCCAGGUUACAGGACAUUGACAGUCUGCUGGGAAAUCACAGAGAGGGUGAGCUCUCCAGAGAUGGUGUGCCUCUGAGAACUACCACCAGCAGCGAGAGUGUUCUGACAGACCUCAGUGAGCCAGAGGUCUCUUCUUUGCACAGCGAGAGCAGCGGAGGCAGCGGUCAUCGGGGCCUCAGCACAGAGGACUCUGACUGUUCCAACCGCACCUGCUCAGACACUGCAGCAAUGCCAGACUCGACUUCUCUCACAAUGCCUCACAUCCCCAAAGAAUUUGCUCACUUCAAUUCACCAUCUGACAAGCACAGCAAAACAACCCACUCUCGUGCCAAGGAGUUACUAAAGCGUAUGGAUACACUGAGCUCCCGAGGUACUCUGGGAAAAGGCCAUAAGACGCUGGUAAUCAGCUCUCCUGUGCUGCAGCAGGAGGCCCAGGCCCUGAAGAAAUUGAGGUGUGAUGACAUAAUAAAUGGAGACGGUGGAGCUCUGGAACCACCAUGCAAUAAAACUCUGCCGUCCCACUCCAGUAGUGAGGGUAGCAGCCAUUCUGGUGGAAGCACUGUCAGCACACCCAGCCUAAAAGAGCGUAAGCCUCACCGUGUUGACCAUAAACGCAGCGGCAUGUAUUUGGAGGACAUGGACAUCUUCUCAGGAUCCCAAAUGAAUAAAGUUGCAGAACAAAAUCGUAGAAAUGAAUUUUGCUCUUAUGAAAACCUCGUGGUCCACAUUCCCAAAGACCACAAGCCAGGAACCUUCCCCAAAGCAUUGUCCAUAGAGAGCCUGUCCCCAACUGGUGGCGCCUCAAUUAACUGGCACACUGGCAGCAUGCACCUGGACUCCCCUUUAAUUUCAUGCAGAAAGGAAACACGGCCUGCUACCCAGUCCUCUUCCAGAGGUAGCCGCAUCAGUGUGUACGAUAAUGUUCCUGGCUCGCAUCUGUAUGCCAGCACUGGAGACCUGAUAGACCUGGAGAAAGAGGAUCUGUUUCCACACCUGGAUGACAUCUUACUGCAUGUCAAUGGUCUACAACAGAUAGUGGACCACUGGUCAAAAAAUGUGUUACCUGGAGGCGAGGGGAUAGUACAGAUCGAUGACGGGAAGGAUGAUACAGCAGGGCUUCAGUCCUCUAGUCAGAUUACAUUGGACUUUGAGGGGAAUUCUGUCACGGAAAGCCAGAUCGUGCCUAGUGAUGGAGACAGAGACAAAGUAUCACUUACAGAGACAGAAUCUACAAGGCUCAGGGAAAGGAGGGACUCCGGUGUAGGUGCAUCACUCACAAGACCUAAUAGGUUAAGAUGGCCCAGCUUUCAGAUAUCUAAUCGUCUAAGUCACUCAAGAGCAUCCCUGCAGAUCACAAACCAAUCAGCAGGCCAGCUGAGUUUGUUACAAAAGUUUUCACUGUUGCGUUUGACUGCAAUCAUGGAGAAGUAUUCCCUGACCAAUAAACAUGGCUGGACUUGGUCUGUGCCAAAAUUUAUGAAGAGAAUGAAGGUACCAGAUUAUAAGGAUAAGAAUGUGUUUGGAGUUCCUCUCAUUGUGCAUGUGCAGCGUUCAGGACAGCCCUUGCCCCUCGGCCUGCAGCAGGCCCUGCGGUACUUGAGGAGUCAGUGUCUCGACCAGGUGGGUCUUUUUCGUAAAUCAGGCGUGAAGUCUCGAAUCCAAGCUCUGAGGCAGAUGAAUGAAAGUUCUCCAGAAAAUGUCAAUUAUGAGGAUCAGUCUGCCUAUGAUGUGGCUGAUAUGGUGAAGCAGUUCUUCAGGGAUUUACCUGAGCCCCUACUCACCAGCAAGCUGGGAGAGACCUUCCUCCAUAUUUACCAGUAUGUACCAAAGGACCAAAGAUUGCAAGCUGUCCAGGCCGCCAUCAUGUUGAUGUCUGAUGAAAAUCGAGAGGUACUGCAGACGCUGCUCUGUUUCCUUAGUGAUGUCACUUCCUCUGUGGCGGAGAACCAGAUGACACCUAUGAAUAUUGCUGUGUGCCUGGCUCCGUCCCUCUUCCAUCUCAACAAAAUGAAGAAGGACAAUCUAUCACCAAGGGCCAUGCAUAAGAAGUAUGCUACUGGCAGACCAGACCAGAAGGAUCUGAAUGAGAAUUUAGCAGCGGCUCAGGGCCUCGCUCACAUGAUCAUAGAGUGCAACCGCCUCUUUGAGAUCCCUCAUGAGAUGGUUACUCAGUCGCGUAAUUCCUACGUGGAGGCUGAUUUGCAUGCACCAACAAUUGACGAGCUGUGCAAGCAGUCGGAAGAUGAGGAUGGAACAUACCAAACACUUUUGGAGGGGAGACUUCAGAACCUGCUGAAAGAGGCCCGGGAAAAAUCCAAAUACUGGGUGUCGUGCAGCAGCUCUGAUAACACAGAGCUCUAUUAUAAGAAGGUGGGAGAUGGCAACCCUUUGAGACGUUGGAAAGUGUCUGUCGAGGUGGAAGCACCGCCAUCUGUGGUGUUGAACCGGGUGCUGCGAGAGCGCCACCUGUGGGAUAUGGACCUCCUUCAGUGGAAAGUGUGCGAGACACUGGACAGGCAAACAGAAAUGUUUCAGUAUGUCCUGAGUCGCAUGCCCCCUCAUCCCAGCAGGGACUUUGUAGUUCUUAGGUCAUGGAGGACAGACUUGCCAAAAGGUGCUUGCUCCCUGGUUUCUGUGUCUAUAGAGCACGAAGACUGUCCUCCUUUAGGAGGGAUAAGGGCUAUAGUCCUGGAGUCUAACUACCUAUUAGAGCCCUGUGGCUCAGGAAAGUCCAGACUAACUCACAUCUGCAGAGUGGACAUGAAGGGAAGGACUCCAGACUGGUACAACAAAGCCUUCGGCCACCUUUGUGCUGCAGAAGCUGCCCGAAUCCGCAACUCCUUUCAGCCACUAAUCACAGACGGCCCAGAGACCAAAAUCUGAAAUUCUUUGCUGCUUGUGUCUGCUCAGCCUUGAGAUCAACAUUGAGCCUUUGAGUCAUUGCUAACAGCCACAAAAAGCAGAGACGGGGCUCCAGAACGAAAGCACAGUUUAUUGUUUGUUUGUCUGAAUGCAAAAUGCUCUGAUAAUAACUUAUGGCUCCUCUGAAAUUGCACAAUUUUAAAAGAGGACAUCUUAUAGGUGGUGAGCAUAAUUCUUCAUUGGGAAAUUAAUUAUCCUGCCAAUAUUAUUGACAUUUAUGACUAUUUUAUUUACCUUCAUGUUUCUAAAACUGUAUGUUAUAAUAAUUAUCUUUAAUAAUAUUAUUGUAUUAUUGUUUCUACAAUGUCUAGGACAUUCGAGCUCUGAAAUGCUUCUGGGAAGCAUAUAUAUUUGUUUGUUUCAGAUUUAAAGCUAUAAUUAUUAUGAUGUACACUCAAGUGCAUAUAUGUGUGUCUGUGUGUGUGUGUGAAUAUACUGUAAAUUAAAUAAAAUGUAUAUUUUGUAUAUAUGUAUAUAUAUAUAUAUACAUAUAUAUAUGAAGGGGUAAUGAGUACAUAUGUUAAUUUUCCAUAUAUUAAUUCAUUUUUCUGUGUGAACCGUUCUGUCAAACACAUGGUACAAAAUUGUAAGCUGGUUUUACUUUGCUCCUUUAUUGCCAUUUUGAAAUGGGUGUAACUGUAAUAAACGUUGACCUUCAGUGGUUGUGAAGAAGGUGACUUAAGGUUUGACUUGAUCAUACCUGCUUUAGGGUACUGGAUUGUGCAGUCAGGUCCAAACAUUUCUUUUUUUUAAAAAAAAAUAAAACCAUGAAAA